UAAAUCAAUAAUAUUGACCUUCAGUAGAAUCAACGAAAAAUGUGUUUGUGUUCAGAUAUACAUAUAUAAAACAUAUUACUUACGCUCCUCAACUAACAAGGAAUAGGAUUAAGUUUAGCCAUGUCUAACAAAAAUAACUUCUGUACAACCGAAACAUUUUUCUCUUUAUGCAAAAAAAAUCGAAACCGUGAUUACCGGUAGUUGACUGGAUUUAUCCUCUAGCUGUGAUGUUCAUUAAGAUAUAAACAGAAUUUAUUUCAUUAGUGAAUAAUAUAACAUUGAAAGUAUGACAAUCAAGUCAUACGUUUGGAUUCAACUUGUUUUCAUCAUCUUUUAUUUUGCUGUUUAUUCGUCUGCGUCUGCAUGGCCAAACACCCAUGAAUAUAACUACUCCGAUUAUGACCCGGAGACAGAAGUACCUGCAGGUAGUGCACCAAAUGGAGGGACAGAGGAUUAUAGUACGCCCCCUGAUCAACAGUAUGUGACCAAAAACAUGGAAUCCAAAAACCCAUAUGUCACCCGCCAACCAAUACCCCUAAAGAUUAAUAACUCUGGUGAAUAUGAUACACCUAAGUUGAAUGAUAUCAUGAAUAAGAUUAAUGCAAGCAAGAUAAUGAAUAACCGAUAUUUUUCCAAGAAUGCAAAAAACAAGAAAAGACAUUCAAGGAAGUAUGACUUAGGCUCUAAUUCUGGUUAUAAAUGGAUGCUGUAUCGCAAACCUAUAGCAGAGCGGAAAAGAAUGAUAAAGUCAAAUGGUUUUCAUUCAACCAAGCAAAAGAACAAGUUUGUUUCUCGUCAUCCCAAACCCGUUUUAUCCAAGAAGUCCCUGAAGAAAUUAAUAAAGAAACUACCUAAGCAUAUGUCAAGGUCAUCUGAAUAUGUAGUGGAAAAAACUGAUUCAUCUAAAUAUGUAGUGGGAAAAAACUUGGAACCAAGUCUUCAACUUGCUGAUUUUCUUCGUGCUGGAUUUCCUAUAACGGUUUUAAUUAACCCAACGUUUCGUGCAAACAAUAUACAAUCAGCGUCGGUAUUAGGAUACGGUUUGCGAUCUCUCCUUAAACACCGUAAUUUUUCAAAAGUUAAACACAUCCAGAUUCCAGGAAAUGCUACAUUGGUUCACCAUAUUGUGAAACGAUCCUAUCCUCCCAAGCUUCACGACCACUAUCGUGAGUCCCGAAGGCGUCUCCAUAAACGAUGGGUAAGGUAUCAAAGACGCCGUUAUUAUAAAAGGAGGACUAGCUAUCGAAAGAAAUCUCAAAAGAGACGGACAUACAGAAAAAAGUACCGAACACGACACACUAAAACUACCACAGUUUAUCAUACCGGAAAUUAUAAAGGCGGAUACAGUCAAGCAUACUGGUCAUAUCUUCAAAAAUACUAUCCAAAAAUAUAUUUACACUAUAUUGAUGGGUCUUAUUCUAAGGGAAACUACCGCACAUAUUAUAAAACCUAUCUCAAAUCAACAAACCAUGUUAAAGGAUAUAACAAACGAGGUUAUCGUCUUGGAUCAUACAGAUCCGGUGUAAAAGACAAGGGUCUAAAAAGGCCCCCAAAACCUAAGAAACCAAAGACCUUCAAGUUAAGAACGGAGGAACCUCAUCUUGGAAACAAUAGUUGUCCAUAUGCUUGGUUAGAGUAUGAAGGAAGUUGUUAUUAUUUCAGUAGAGACGAACUCAACUGGUAUAAAGCAACUAUGACAUGCGCAUCGAUGGGUGGUUAUCUGGCUGUUGUCAACAGUGCUCAUGAAAAUACGUACCUUCGGAACUUUCUGCUAACAAAUGAUGUUGAAAAUGGAGCUUGGAUUGGUCUUAACGAAUUAUCAAACACCAAAAUACAUCGUUGGCGUUGGGGAUAUACUACUAAACUUUGCGGAGAAUUCGACUGGUUCGGCGAGGAACCCGAAUUUCAUUCGAACAAGGACUAUCACUGUGGUGUAAUGUGGCAGACUUACAAGUACCACUGGCACUUGGAAAACUGUUUUACAGAACAUUUUUACGUUUGUGAAAUGAAGCUGGGAAAACCAUGUAAAUGUCAAUAUUAGAAUAAAUUGGUGGAAGUGGUUGAUUUAUGUAGUUUCUGUAACAAUAGAACGGGUCUAUAUUCUUUAAUUGAUAUUUUGUGUUGCCUAAUAAAUGUUUUAUAUGACAACUUGACAGUCAACACAUUGAAAGCAGCCUUUAAUUUCUAUUGAAUCAGAAAAUGUCACACAU